AUGGUUCCUGAGCCCAAGACAAACAACAGCAAAGAUGGAGCAGGUAAACAGUACUCACGGGACAGUAUUAGAUGCCUCGUUCGAGUGAACGAGAUCGACGCUCAACACGACUUUUGGGACGACUGUGACAGGAAGAUCAGCGAUAUAUCUCCGAAGAUAAUGCAGAUAAAACGUGCGGAUGUGAUGGAUAUACUCGCGAGGGUCCCGAGGUUGCGGUGGAUGAGUAAGAGCCGAAAGGAGAAAGCGAGGGAAGGUGAGGGUGAAGGUGAUGAUGGUAAAGAGGGAAGGUGGGACCGGGUGUCACGAAGAGAAAGAGCAACUCACGGCAACGCACCGACCACCUUUGAAAGUCAAAGGCCGUUUGACAGCCAAGGCAACCAGGGAUUGGCCUGUGAGGCUUGUGUUGUUAGUGGGUCUUGUAUUUGGCCCAAGUCCAAGUGGGGUUAUGCAGAGGAGGAAAGGGUUGAAUAA